ACAAAAAGGAAGUGUGAGAAAUCAGCUUUUAUAUGCAAGAAAUAUUCAAAGUGAUUUGAUUUCCAGAUAUAUCAUGUAUUUUUAAGAGUAAUUAUCAGUAAUACGUGAACUAUUUCAUAAGAAACCCGUACACAUAAGUGUAACAGAUAUGGAAGUUACAAAAUUACUCGGCAUUAUCAUCUUGCAUGUUGCGCUAUUAAUCUCCCACGAGUGUUCCCCGUGUUUCUGCUGUAAACAAGAUAUUGUGGCUGACAAUGAUGAUAGUAACGGCGCUGUGAUGGCAGGCGUUACGGGCGGAGUGAUUGCUCUUCUAUCGGUUUCGCUUGCUCUUUCUGUUGGUUAUAUUGUUUACAUGAAAAGACGUCAAACUAGAGAACACCCGGAGAAACAAUCAGCUACAGCUGAUGAAGAAGCUCGAACAUACGAACAGUUACAAGAACGUACGGAACAACCAAACUACCAGAAUGUCAAGGACUCUGGCACUGACAAUUAUGCCGUGUUGUUUGCUGAUACAAACAUGUAA